AUAUGCACUGAGUAUGCCAACCAUUAAGAACACCUUUCUAAUAAUGAGUUGCACCCGCUUUUGCCCUCAGAACAGCCUCAAUUCGUCGGGCAUGGACUCUACAAGCUGUCGAAAGCGUUCCACGGGGAUGCUACCCCAUAUUGACUACAAUGCAUCCCACAGUUGUGUCAAGUUGCCUAAAUGUCCUUUGGGUGGUGGACCAUUCUUGAUACACACGGGAAACUGUUGAGCGUGAAAAACCCAGCAGCAUUGCAGUUUCUUGACACAAACCUGUAUGCCUGGCACCUACUACCAUACCCCGUUCAAAGGCACUUGCAUUUUUUGUGUUGCCCAUUCACAAUAUGAAUGGCACACAUACACAUUCUACGUGUAUUAUCUCAACGCUUAAAAAUCCUUCUUUAACCUGUAUCCACCCCUUCAUCUACACUGAUCGAAGUGGAUUUAACAAGUGACAUCAAUAAGGGAUCAUAGCUUUCACCUGGAUGCACCUGGUCAGUCUAUGUCAUGGAGAGAGCAGGUGUUCUUAAUGCUUUGUAUACUUAGUGUACAUUGAUGUAUCAAUGUGUGUGUGUGUGUGUGUGCGUGCGUGCGUGCGUGUGCGUGCGUGUGCGUGUGUGUUAAAUGUAACCAGACAUGAUGUGUGUGGCAGAUAAAGUACAAAUAUGUGGAUGAGUGUCACGUCCUGACAAUAGUUCUUAUGUGCUUUGCUUGUUUAGUAUUGGUCAGGACGUGAGCUGGGUGGGAAUUCUAUGUUGUGUGUCUAGUUUGUCUGAUUCUGUGUCCAGCCUAAUAUGGUUCUCAAUCAGAGACAGCUGUCAAUCGUUGUCCCUGAUUGAGAAUCAUAUAUAGGUGGCUUGUUUUAUGUUGGGGAUUGUGGGUGGUUGUUUCCUGUCUCUGUGUUUGUGUUCUGCACCAGAUAGGACUGUUUCGGUUUGCCACACUUUGUUAUUUUUUGUUCGUUGUAAGUGUUCACUGUUUAUUGUUUAAUUAAACAUGUUGAGCACUGGCUACGCUGCGUGUUGGUCCGAUCCCUGUUUCACCCCCUCUUUUAGUGAAGAGAGGGAAGGCUACCGUGACAAUGAGACCGCAAACAUGGACUUACCUACCUGGGGCUACUGUACUCCUUGGUCAACACUCUUUCUUUUACAUUCUAUGUUUGUGUUGUGACUGAUGUCAAAAGAAACCCCUGCAGUUUGUUCCAUUAUUGGAUUAAUUUAGGAUUCUGAUGGCUGAUUGAUGUUUAACCAAAUGUAUUUCUUCAGGCCACUGUGUUUACACUUCUCCCUGCAGAUUAACCGCUAAGGGUUCUGGGAUAUGUCUCUCUCUCUCUCUCUCUCUGUCCUCUAUAUCCUUUAAAGGUUGCUUUCAUUAUAAGCAAGAGCUGAAAAAAGAACAUAGCUACAUUCCUUGCAGACUGAAAGACAUGCGUUUCCUGGUUAUGCUCUGUCUCUGAUGACGCUGGGAGCAGUCUGAAUGGGAGUCAUUAAGAUGUUUGAAAACAUUCCAGUGACUAUAUAGCUAUUGUCCCUUGCUUGAGUUCCACCAGAGUAGAUAGAGGAUUAUCAUGGCGCAGACCGCAGAUUCACCUUUUGAAGUCACUAUGUUCCUGGGAUUGUUAACAUCAGAUAGUGACAGAGACCUGAGGCCAGAGGAGAUUGAUGAGUUGCGGGAUGCUUUUAAGGAGUUUGAUAAGGACAAAGAUGGUUUCAUCAGCUGUAAAGACCUGGGAAACUGUAUGAGAACCAUGGGAUACAUGCCUACUGAAAUGGAGUUGAUAGAACUGAGCCAACAGAUCAACAUGAAUUUGGGAGGUCAUGUUGACUUUGAGGAUUUUGUGGAGUUGAUGGGCCCCAAACUUCUCGCUGAAACUGCAGAUAUGAUUGGUGUGAAAGAACUGAGAGAUGCCUUCAAAGAGUUUGACACCAAUGGUGAUGGAGCGAUAAGCACAGCUGAGCUGAGAGAAGCCAUGAGGAAGUUGCUGGGACAACAGGUUGGCCACAAGGACUUAGAAGAUAUCCUGAGGGACAUCGACUUGAAUGGUGAUGGGCAUGUUGACUUUGAAGAGUUUGUACGAAUGAUGUCCCGCUGAGAGGAGGCAUGGUCGAUAUGGCUUCAAGUUAAUUAUUCUGAAUGUGAACCUCUGCCCCUUUGUCAUCAUCAUUGAAUGAGCGAAACGGAGUAAAUACUUGGACCUCUGAGCUAUCUUUUCCUGAGAAAAACUGGAAUUAAAGCCCUUACCUCUAAGUAGAAACGGAAGACCACGGUACUGCUCAAAAUAGUGUUCUUCCCCUAAAGCCCCACAUUCCAACUUAGACAGGUUCUACUGUAGCUUACAGACUGACCCGCUAAUGGUUUCCGCACUAUUAACCCUCCACGAACUGUAUACACUUGUGUGUAGCCUGCUGUUUAGGCAAGUUUUGUUUCUCAACCUUUAAAUGGCAAUAUUACUUGUGACUACUGAUACGUUCUUCAAGUUUGGGUAAUAGAGUGAGAAAAGCAGAGAGUCUUAUUUGUGUGUGUGUUUGUCACUGUGAUCUUUUGUGAGGUGAUCACUGUGUUUACCCAGAACCAUAAAAGCACCAGAUCCUCUCUAAUGCACUGGGUUUAUGGGACAAGCAAGAGCUAAGAGGACCUCAGCAAACACGCCAACCCCAGAUUUGGAAAAUAGUAGCUUUUCUUCACAUUUGUGUGCAGUGCAUAAACAUGAUGGUUUAUGUGUACAGUAUCUUGUCUGUCUGUCUGUACAGUUUGACAAAUAAAUUGCAGAGUCCUA